GACGCCUUUGGGGAUGCCAAAUGGAAAGGGACGCACGAUGGUUGUUGUCAGGGAGUUGGCGCAUUGCGAAUUCACUGCUCCGGCGUCCUGGCCAGACACAUACUACUCUUCCUGUCGGACAGGGUGCAACCCGCAGCAACACACCACCGCAUGCCUUUAUUGUCACAGCAGCGUGCAUCUGCCGCCACGGGAUCACAUUUAGUUACAGCGGCUACAGAGAACAACCGCAAGGGAGAAAUUAGAAACAAGAGUUUUAACGCGGGCCUGGACGGAAGCGCUGUUAGGUCUUCGCAAACUUGACGGGUGCUGUCCAGACGGCCGGAGAGGAGGAGGAGAGAGAAAGAGAGAAACAGAGAGAGAGGGGAGGGAGGUAGCAGGGACACGGUAACCUGCAGGAGGACUCACAUGGUCCUGCUGCAGCGGAGCACAGACCACCGGGACUCUCCAACCCUCUGACUCUCAGCUCGACUUCAGUCUUCUUUCUUCUUUCUCUCCCCUCCCCUGCACUCCUCCUCCUCCUCCUCCCUCUUUAUCCUCCUUUUAAUUUCGCAUCCCCUCCUGCCGCAGCCCAGUGUCGGUCGGACUUGGGCCGGUGAAGCAGCGCCAUGGCUCGGGAGAACGGAGACACCGGGAGAGGAGAGACGUGGAAAAAACAAGUCGACGACAUCAAGAAGAUUUUCGAUUUCAAAGAAGUCCUCGGAACGGGGGCGUUCUCGGAGGUGGUGCUGGCCCAGGACAAGCUGACCAGCCGGAUGUUCGCGGUGAAGUGCAUCCCUAAGAAGGCUCUGAAGGGGAAGGAGAGCAGCAUCGAGAACGAGAUCGCCGUGCUGAGGAAGAUCAAGCAUGAGAACAUUGUGGCACUGGAGGACAUCUACGAGAGCCCCGACCACCUCUACCUGAUCAUGCAGCUCGUGUCCGGCGGCGAGCUGUUCGACCGCAUCGUGGAGAAGGGCUUCUACACGGAGAAGGACGCGAGCACGCUGAUCCGGCAGGUCCUGGACGCCGUCAACUACCUGCACAAGAUGGGCAUCGUGCACCGGGACCUGAAGCCAGAGAACCUGCUCUAUUUCAAUCCUCAAGACGAGUCCAAGAUCAUGAUCAGCGACUUCGGUCUCUCCAAGAUGGAGGGCAGCGGCGACGUCAUGUCCACCGCCUGCGGGACGCCAGGAUACGUGGCUCCAGAGGUUCUUGCCCAGAAACCGUACAGCAAAGCGGUGGACUGCUGGUCCAUCGGCGUGAUCGCCUACAUCCUGCUGUGUGGUUACCCCCCGUUCUACGAUGAAAACGACUCCAAGCUGUUUGAGCAGAUCCUGAAGGCCGACUACGAGUUUGACACGCCGUACUGGGACGACAUAUCGGACUCAGCCAAGGAUUUCAUCGGCAGCCUGAUGGAAAAGGACCCGGCCAAGCGUUUCACCUGCGAACAGGCGCUCAGACACCCCUGGAUCGCUGGGGAUACGGCUCUCUGCAAGAACAUCCAUGAGUCAGUCAGCCGGCAGAUCAAAAAGAACUUUGCCAAGAGCAAAUGGAGGCAAGCGUUCAAUGCCACGGCCGUGGUUCGGCACAUGAGGCGGCUGCAGCUUGGCAGCAGCAUGGGGGCCAGCAUGGACGCUUCCAACCCGCAGAGUAGGCCGAGUCAGACGCAGAAGUCGGUUCAGAGCCAGAGCCAGAGCCAGAGCCAGAGCCAGGCAGCGCCGAGCCAAAGCGCCGGCCCGGCGACGCAGGGCCAGGGCGCCGGUGCUGCCACCAGCAAAAACUCUUCCACAGAAAACAACAUAGCGGCCCCGCGCAAGGAAUGUGUCGCCGCGCCGGUCACGCCCUGCAGCCUGGCGUCUGCAGCCUCUUCCCCCGCCGCAGGGACGGAGCUGAGCCGGCCACACCCCUCGGCGGGCCCCGCCCCGGUGCUCACGGAAACCAAGUGACGCCAGGUCCCGCGGGGAACCAGCUGGGAGGCCACGGCGCUGUGAGGCCCCGAGAGACGGGAGGACGGCCGGAGAGGAGGGAGAGGGAGACGGUCGCCCUCCUCUCCGUCCUUCCCUCUCUCUUCGCCGCGCUCCCUCUUGGAAUGCGGCCCCCCCCCCCUCCUCCCGCCCAGCCAGUACCCCGCCCUGCUCCUGAUAGAGCAGAGGACUUUUUACCCCCGCCCUACUGAUUGAAACCACCAUUGCCAUACAGUACGCCCACCAUCCAACCGGGAUGACGUGUAGGCUUCCUCUUUCCGCAGCAGCAGCACAUCCACUGACUCUAGUCGAGGAUGCUGGUACGGCCGACUGUGAAUACAACCCGUUUAGCGAUACAUGGCUGUCGACGGUGGUCCACGGUGACGCGGGUGGUGUCAUAUUAUUCAAAUGUCAGUGAACAUCAACUUCCCUCUUGAAUCUGGUCUUUCCUGCACCACUUUAUUUAGCUUUUUUUUUUUCACGUUAGGUUUGACUGUUGGCAACUGGAUUGUUUCCUUUUUUAUUAUUAUUAUUACUGUUCGUUUUAAAGGUGGUAUGUGUAACGUUUAACCAACACUGUCACACUGAGAUCGCACUACAGUGUAAGUAGCCAUAGUUGAUGACUAUAUUAAUCUUUCUCCAAGACAAAUCUCCAAAUCUGACCUGGUAGCUGAAUAAAAACACUAUUUUUUCCCACCUUGCAGACUAGUGUGGCAAUGACAAAUCCAAACGCUACACAUAGCACCUUUAGGGUUUCCUCUGUGUCCCAAUGGGCUCGUUUGUCUGUUGUUUGUUCGUGCUUUAAGAAGUGCUUUAAAAGUACCAUAUGACUGUUGAGAUGUCGAAACAUGAGCAAGCGCUUUAUCUAUUUUGCACAGAGAGGGUCAGAUAUGUUGUCAGACACAGAUUAGCUGCCAUCCACAUGUUUUAUCAGACGGGAGAGUGGAGAUUGUAAACCUUUAUAAAAAAAAACCCAGAGUGGAUGUCAGAGCGUCGCAGAACGUGUCCGUUGUCUGAAAUAUGCUGAUUCGUUUAUUGUUUUUCUUACUUGCUAAGACUUUUUAUAACAAUCACCCUUUAAGGGACACACACACACACAGGUUACUAUGAAACAUGCGGCACAUUUAGGCGUAAAAAAGUGAUAUGUGACAUGUGUUUACUGGAAAACUGCCUCCGGUGGAGAACGUUAGCGAAGACGGCUCGCCAUUCGACUCCCCAAGCGAAGGAACCGCAAGCGGCGGCGCCGUGCAAAUUUUUUCGAGGUGUUUUAACAGCCCUGCCACGCGGGCCGUCACAAUUCCCGAGACGGAGAAGCUGCUGCCUGCCUUCGUUCCUUCCCCGCCUCUGAUAAAGCCAUGAGCUCACCUUCUCGUUUUUUGUCGAGCUGCACCCAGUCCGGAAGUGCUCAGGGAAAACUGCAGCUGCACUGUGCGCCGGCAAACACCAGUUUCCUGGUUUCGUUUUCAGGCUUCGUUUUUAGGCGUUGCCGUGGUAUCCCAGCAGGCGGCAUCACAGUUAAUGAUCCAGAGUUCGAGGCAUUAGCUGUGUAGUGGUAGUGACAAAGUGACGUGAGCUUCGAGGACUUAAUGCCCAUUCAGUCCUUUGAGUUUUUAACUACUUUGAAAGCUAACUCAGCUCAUAGAAAAGUCAGAUAGAAACACAAAACAUUAGUCCACAGCUUAGUGUCUCAUUUCCACCUCUGAGCUACAUGUGACCGUCAUUAGUCUAGUUGUAAUAUUUAUUGGUUUGUUGUUUAAACCCGACCGUCGCGUGUCACUGAUGGUAACGGCCUUCCAGACACGGAUCAGAAAGCUGAGCUGCACGACGUCGGGUGCUCACUCAAACAUAUCAGAUCGCCUCGUCUGUCUGGUCACAUGCAAUUCUACUUAUCCCUUUAUUGUGAACUGUAGCCAAAGACUACUGCUUGGUUCGAAGACAAUUAGGUCCAGUCUGCUGUACGUGAUGAAUUAGCUAGAGGAAAACUAGUCAGUACAAGGGCUGAUCUCCAGCUGCAAACUAACCCAGGGCGAUGAGGGUUCUGGUCCUUCCAUUCCUUCCCGAUAUACCUUUUUUCUACAGUAUUCUGCUCCAAAAGAAAUUUACAAAAAGGCUGCCCACAUCAAUGUCAGAUCUGUGCGGGACCACAUCUGGAGAAAAGUCAAUCCAAGGUAGAACUGACAGUAAAUCAGCUCAAACGCAAGCUUUCUGGAAUCCACUUUUGGCUCGCUGCGUCGAUCUGUGUGUUACAGUCCACGUACGUGGCUCUGAAGUCGACUAAAACAAACCAUGUCAAGACAAUUGUGAGCUGUCUCUUGCACUUUUUCUUCUCUUCUUUUUCUUUUUCUUUUUUGUUUUUUCUUACCAGCAGUAAGCCCUUCAAGAACAACCGUAGGAACACUGGACUUCCAGCUCUUUCACCCUUUCCCUGUUAGAACAUUGAAUCUGAUUAAAAGUUUUUUGUCAUCGAAAAUUCAAAUGUUCAAAAAUCAUCGUAUGUUUUUCCUCUGACGAACCCGUCCCACGAAAAGGCAAAAAUCAGCAAUGUGUUUACUUUUCUAAAGCAGCGAGUUCCGUAGUCAGUUUCGAUAGAGAGAAUUCCCUAGUGAAUUUCCUGGGGACUAUUUAUCUACGGAUUAAGAAGCUCUUUCUCUCAAUCUAAACUAUGGCUUACGAAUGUUCUAGCAAUUGAAACAGGUCCUGGUUAAAUUUAAACUUUAAAGUCUUUAGCGGGAUACGUAGGAUCCGUGACUUUGGGGAGACCAAUACUAGAGACUCAACUUCAGGUUAUCUAAUCUUUGACCAGUCUUUAACGUUUCUGUCUAUUGUGAGUUCUCUGAUUUAUGGAUGUUUAACAUGACGUCCCUAUAAUCCCCCUUUAAAUCCUGGAAAUCUUCCGUUAAUCACGCUGGCAUUGUCCUUCAAUAGAACACACACGUAGUCGCUCUGCUUAGGUUUGCGUCAUGUCCUAGCAUCAAAUCCAGUCAUAAAUUUAGUUAAAUCAAUAUGUGUGAGAAACAGUCUGGUUAUUUAUUUUUGUUUUAAAUGUUGACGUGUCAAAGCAGUCUUUAUUUUCUCGCUGAAUUGUAUCACGUGUCCCUGUACGAGUAGCUCAGCGUACGAAUUUUAAAAUCUGUACUUAACCCUGACCCCGCUCUGAAAUCAGUCGGCCUAACGUUACCUUUAACGUUAACUUUCAACCAAGUAAGGGCUUUAUUCCAGUGUUCACCUUAACCUGAUGACUCACUGUAACCGUGUACACAUACUCCAUUGAUUGCUAUGCAUUUUUUAAAAACACUUUAAACUGUAGUGUCAGUGCUUUUUUUUUUCUCAAACGUGUGAUCAGGAAGCUCAAAGGAAACAUCAGCAGCGCUGGUUAAACAAGUGCGAGACAAUUUCGAUCACUUCUUUUUGAAUUAUUAAUAUUGUUAUUACUGCAGCGUGAGCUGCGUUUCUCUGGUGCGGCCGACGCUGUAAGUUUCGUUUAAAAAAAAAACACACAAAAAAAACACGUGUCAUUAAAUGUGAUGUCGUCCACUUCAGUCUGGACGCUGAGGUUUGACGAAUGUGCUGCGAGGCAGGCAGAGGGUUCAGGUUUAUGCUCCUCUGUGUACAUAUAUAUGUGUCUGCUGUAUUUGUUUGCUAAAGAGAUGUGCGUGUUAUCUGAAUGACUCAUUUCAUGGACAAGACGCUACUGUAAAUAGAUUGUGAAUAUGAAUGAUCAUUUUCAAGAUAAUAUUUACGAAUGUGUUGCUGUUCAGGCAUGUGCGGAUGACUGAAUGGUGUGUGUGCAUCGAGGGAAGUUGAUUGUAUUCUCCAUGGAAUGUUCAAUGUAAAAAAAAAAAAAAAAAAAGAAUAAUAAUAAUAAUAAUGAUAAGCUAAACUCCCCUUUACUCCCCGACUGCAGUUAGCUAUCAGAAAAAGUUGUUUAUUGCCAUCAGUGUUCCACCUCCACCUUCAGUGUCAGUCCGACUAAAAGUGAAAGCAUCGUUUACUGAACUCAGGCUUACGUUUUUGCCAUUCUAAAGGAAGAAAUCCAAAGCUGUGACCGACUCAGAAACACACUGUUAACGGAUGUGGUGACGCCUACAGCCCGCUCUCUUUGCCCUCCGAGCUCUUUUGACCUUUUUUAAGACGCCGCCGAAGUGCAACGUCGUGAAGAAAACACAAGCAUGUUGGGGGGGUUGGGGAAGUGCUUCGAGAAUUCAACUUCACUAUGAGUGUUCGCAUAACCUUAUAUGCCCUUGUAUGAUGUUCGUAUCUCUGUAUUAUGUAAAGACGUAACGCAGGUUGAGAUGCCCGAGUCCACAAAAACUGUAGAUGAGUUAACGCAGCGGCAGAGUUUCAGUCCUACAGACAGGCAGAGGGAAUCUCAGAGGUUAUCAGCUAGCUAGCUGGCUGGCUGUUAGCCGAUUAGCAUUUCUAGGCAGCAAGACAAAAGUAGCCUCACAGAGGGAAAAUUAUGCUCAAAUUAGUCAAAAACUAAAUUAAAAUAAAAAAUAUUAAGACUUUUCCCUUUACAUUUCUUCGUGACUUUGGAAUUCAUUAGUUUGCAAAGUUAGCUGAAGUCUUUCAUGGCUGCUUUGCAGGUUAGCCAGGCUGGGUAGCUGACGGAGAUUACGUAGCUCAAUGCUUCAAUGGUAUUUUUUCCAUUUAUUAUUAUUAUUGUUUUUUUGUUUGUUUUUUUUUACAGUUUUUGUCCCACAGAAUAAUACAAAGUACCUGUUUUUGUCCAAAAGGCGUUUAAAAAAAGGCAACAGGACUUGUAGAGUCAUCGGAGUAGCUUCUCAAGACUCUACAAAUCCAGUUGCCUUCUUUUUUUAAACGCCUUUUGGAUUACCAUGAGCUGGAGGACUGAGAACCUUCACAGACAUACCUGUUUUUGUAUUUUAUGUAGACGAUUUAGCAUAAGAUGUCAUGCUUACUUAGCAACUUACUUGGCAAGAGGUUUUUGUCUGCUUUAUAGCUAACAGAUGUUACCCUGACACUAGUAUUCCACUAAUACAGUCGGGACAGAAUGGGACAAUCUAACCUGAUUUAGUCAGUUGAAGAGGGGUGAUGUAAACCAUAGAUAAUCCAUGGGUUUGCAUGGCUUUGAAAACCUGGACCAUCUUGGUCCUUGGUCAUACUUUUCAAAUGAAUGAAUUCAGUGUUGUUAAUAAGUUGGGGGAGAAACUGCUUCUUUCACAGAUCCCCAGCUGCUAUGUCAAAGACUGAUUAAUGUUUUGGGGCAUCACAUGUCCAUGUGAACGUAGCUAUUGUCUCUCAUAGACUGUAAAAGUUUCUCGAUUCAUGUUAGCAAUAGUAAACUUAGAGCAGUCAAGCCCAUGCUAUGAACUGUUCACUUCCUCUGCCCAAGAUUUAACUCAGAGAAGCAGUAGGACCUGUUUGUAGGACUAAAACUCUGCAUGCUGCCUGAUGGGACCCGGUGUCUCCCUGUGGGUGUCCUCGUCCAGAGCCCGCUGAGCCGGCCGGCUGUAUUUACUCUCUGCAUGUGACCACAACAAACUCCCAUCCUGUGCACCGUCGCCACGUUGACGACCCCCUCGUGUCUCCGAGCGGGCUCUGCCUGCCGCACUUAUUGUGGUGUGAUGAUGACUUUCUGUUGAUGGGGCUUGUAUAUCAGAUGCCUUCGACAAUCAUGUGCACAUAUCAGAGUUACCAUGAUGACACAUGCCAGAGCGACUGAUUGUGUUUUGUUUGUCUUUUCUCCUGGAAUAAAUCCUGAAUGAUCGUA